CCAGAUACAUGACGUGGAGGCGGACACCGGAAGAGCAGUGCUCUCUGGGAAAUGUAGUCCCCGGUCGGCAUGUGUUAGAUUUGAAGCUGUGGACAGUCAGUGUUCAUUAAUGAUGGAUAGCAGUGAUGAUGACGAUGUUCCACAGCUCUCUGCCCACGCUUUAGCGGCUUUGCAGGAGUUUUAUGCUGAGCAGGAGCAGCAGGAAUCUACAAAGUCUGGACCUGACUAUGACCAGUUCUCAGUUGGGGCAGUCGAAGAAGACUGGCAGUUAAGUCAGUUUUGGUAUGACAAUGAAACUGCUCUGUGUCUGGCCAAGGAAGCAUUGAAAGCCUCUGGAGAAAAUGGAAGGAUAGCCUGUGUCAGUGCUCCCAGCAUUUACCAGAAACUUAAAGGACUCGCUGGAGAUGACGUAUCCAUCUGUUUGCUGGAAUAUGAUAGAAGGUUCUCAGUCUAUGGUGAUGAUUUCAUCUUCUAUGACUACAAUAAUCCAUUGGAUCUACCAGACGGGCUGCAGCCACAUAGCUGUGAUAUCGUAUUAGCAGAUCCACCAUACCUAUCUGAAGCGUGCCUAACUAAGACUGCUGAGACUAUCCGGUACCUGACUAAGGGCAAGAUCUUACUGUGCACAGGUGCUGUGAUGGAGGAUUUAGUGACAAAAAUACUUGGCUUAAAGGUGUGUAAAUUUAUCCCAAGGCACACACGGUCACUAGCCAAUGAGUUCCGAUGUUAUUCCAACUAUGAGACUGGACUGGACUCCUAGACGGCCUGGCUCUAUACAACCAGCAACAGCCUGAGGCCUAGACAGGACGGACACCCACCCAAGGUUUUCAGAAACGGUCUGUGGUCCUCACAGCUAAACUACAUGGCAAAUGUUUAGUUUCCUUCAACCAAAUUAUUUACACCCCAGGGGUGGCUGGAUCACGGGUUGUUAUUACUUUACAGAUUUAAAGAAAAAGAAAAUAUGUUCCUAUGAA